AUGAACCGAUGGGGCAUCACUUCCUUUUUGGAGCCGGCAAGCCGAAGACGAGGGUCCCAGUUGCUUUCAACUGGGGACGUCGCAGAGGCGGGAUAUUCGGUGGCUUCAAGCCCGGCCCCGGUGGCUCCAACGUUCGAGUCCUUCGAGGUUCCUGGACAGGUGCCAGAACCUAUGGUGCCCCUCCCGCAGGGUGUGGAGGGUCGCUCAAGGAGAUCGCGACCCAGCACUGCAGGGCGGCCCAGUACUCCUUCCUGGUUACGACCACCCUGGCAACGCAGCGACACGCCUUUGGCCUCAUGGACUCGGCCCGACACCCCGUCCACAGUAUGCGAUGAUGCAGAGGCCGCAAACUUGCCUAGAUGGAAGGUGGUGGAUGGUCAAUACGUGCCACUGAAGUCGUCCCAGUCGGGCCGCUUCCUACCGCCUUUGCAACGCCCCUUGUGA